ACAUCAAGUUAUUUGUCUGAACUGUUCUCGGCUGGUUAAAAGAGGAAAGGACCAAACGCGUAGAUCUGACAUUAGACGGAGCUGAAAAUACCCGACAAGUAAAAAAGCUGCUCUCUGGUGCCCCCCCCCCCCCCCCCUCACACGGUGGCACCAUGAGGAGGACACAGCUGUGCUGGGUGGCACUGCUGCUGCCGCUGGUUGCUGAGAGUCCCACACGUGCAACGACUUUGCACGAGGCCCAGCCGGCGGUCCUUGUGCCUACCGCUGCCGCUUCGCAUGACCUGGCGGUGUCUCGUCAGCAGAUCAUGCUGGCGCAGUUUGAGUGCUACCUGAAAAUCAUCAGCGACCCCCCUAAUCUCAGUGAAGGUCCCUUCUGCAACCGUACAUGGGACGGCUGGCUGUGCUGGGAGGACUCCUCUCCUGGGACGGCGGUGCAGCACUGCCCGGUGUACUUCCAGGAUUUUGACCCUUCUGAGAAGGUGACCAAAGUAUGCGGUGCGGAUGGUCGGUGGUUCCAUCACCCUGAGAGCAACCGCAUUUGGUCCAACUAUACCCAGUGCACCGCCCACACCAAGGAGAAGCUCCAGGCGGCGUACAGCUUGUACUACCUGGCCAUCGUGGGCCACGGCUUGUCAGUGGCGUCCCUGCUCAUCUCCCUCUGCAUCUUCUUCUACUUCAAGAGCCUCAGCUGCCAGAGAAUCUCUCUACACAAGAACAUGUUCUUCUCCUUCAUCCUCAACUCCGUCUGCACGGUCGUAUCCCUCUCCGUAGUGGCCAACAACCAGCCGCUGAUAGCCAGCAACCCGAUAGGCUGCAAGGUGCUCUCCUUCCUGAACUCCUACGCUUUGGGCUCCAACUAUUUCUGGAUGCUGUGCGAGGGAAUCUACUUGCACACGCUCAUCAUCGUUGCCGUGUUUGCAGAGGAACAGCAGCUGUCUUGGUACUUCAUUUUGGGAUGGGUCUUCCCGCUUGUCCCUGCCACAACCCAUGCUUUGGCCCGCUGGCUCUUCUAUAAUGACAACUGCUGGAUCAGCUCGGAGACUCACCUGCUGUACAUUGUCCAUGGACCCAUCUACGCCGCCCUGCUGGUGAAUCUGUUCUUCCUGCUCAACAUCGUGCGCGUUCUCAUCACCAAACUCAGGGUGACCCACUGCACCCAGUCCAACACCUACAUGAAGGCGGUUCGGGCCACUUUGAUCCUGGUGCCGCUCCUCGGGGUGCAGUUUGUCCUGUUCCCCUGGACCCCCGAGGGGCGCCUGCCCAAGGCUGUAUACGAAUUUGUCAUGCACAUCUUCACACAUUACCAGGGGCUUCUUGUUGCAACUAUAUUUUGUUUCUGCAAUGGAGAGGUGCAGACGGUGCUGAAGCGGCAAUGGACGCAGCUCAGUGUUCAGUGUAUGGGUCAACUGGUGACCGUCGGCUCUCGCUCCCAAUAUUACUCAAGCACCUCCUCCACCGAAAUGAGCCGCACGUCCACCAGCCGGCCACUCGUGCCCCCAACCCCUGAGCCCCAGAAAGUAGUGCCCUCCCACCCUACCAUCCACAGCACCUAGCACUGCAGGGGACCCCACGGCUGGACAUGCUGCUCCCUGAGGCCUCUGUCAUCUGAACCCUGGAGAACAGCACGCCUCCACGUGCCACAUUAUUCGGGGGCACGAGGUCACUGUGAGACAAACGCACACACCUGCGCGUUACCUCAGGCAUUCCUGAACACUCGCCGAAUCUUCAUAGAAACAAAUUCUGUAUGCAUAUAAAUAAAGUCAAUACCUGAAUUUAAUACUGUUAUUUAAAAUAAUAUUGAUCUGGCCAUAUAAAUCUAGUCCGCAGAUGAUAAUCUGGUCAGGCUCAGAAAUAAUUUGAUUUACCUAAACCUGGACUGCCAGCAAUGUUGCCAAUUUAGCUAUGAUAAAUAAUCUUCAAACCAACAAAAAAGGUUAACAUGGAUUGCAAGCUCACAGGUAAAAGUUCUGCUAAUGCUACUUCAACUCAAAUCUUAAACUCAUUCAUUAAUCUUUAUCCGUUUUCUGUAACAUUAGCUAGCUAACUGACAUUUAAUUUAGGGCCCCGUAGGUUCCCCAUGACCGCUAGAGGCCCCCGUUGAGCUGAUGUUUUUCCCCCCAAAAUUACAAUGACCUUGAUACCUCUUUCAACAAAAGGGGAGGGACACUAGGAUAACUAACAUUAACUUUUUCUGAGUAAAACUCAUGGAUAAACGAGUAUAAAACAAAAUUUCUUUUAACAAAUAUCUACAAUAUUUGAUGCAAUGUGAUUGGCGUUGGUAAUCGAAUGUGAAGUUUUUGAUGGAUGAACUCAGUGAAAGCUAAGAUUGAACUUGAAAUGUGAUAUGGCAUAAAAAUGUCUCAGGACGAGCAGCGAAAACUUAAAAUGAAGGAAGCAAAACUUUCAGAAAGCAAAGGUAUAAUCUGUUUCUAUGACGAACGCAUUUUUCUGUCAGUAACCAGUGUUAUGUUCCCUAACCAGCUAGCUAGCGAAAAUGAGCUACAACCUUGUUGAUCUAGUGAUCGCUAACGAUCUAACCCUGCAACCUGGGGGUAUUUCACAAAGCACGAUUACUGAGUUAGCUGGAUAACUGCAUCAAGUAAAAUCCAAAAGAGCUCUUUUCUACUUCCAUCCAUGGGGUUUUACUCAGUGCAGUUAUCCAGACAACUCAGUAAUCCUGCUUUGUGAAACAACUAGGGUCCUGCAGCUUUUUUCUGAGCUGGCUAGGCUAGCAAACUGGCUAGCUCACCCUCACUGUAGCUAGCUACUAGCUAUAGCUAGCUAGUGUUGCUGGAAAAUAAAUCGUGCUUUAUUGCAUGCUUUUAUGCAUGCAUGCUUUACCAAAUCAAGUGGUUAAAAUAAUAUUUUAGUGUGUGACAAUGUGGCCAACUAGCUAACCAUAACCUUUGCUUGCUGUUUCAAACUUUCAGUUGUCCGACCUCGGCUGCACUUUGCCAAACAUGAUAAACCAGACAAGUGGGGGCAGGAGGAAAUGCUAAAUCUGCUGGCUUGCUAACAGGUUAAUAUCAACAAAAUGCAUGGCAUCGCAAAAGUGAAUAAAUAAAUGAAAUAAUAAUAUUAAUUGUUUAGAUGGCAGUUAGCUAGCUUGCCAAUGUUAUAGAAAACUGAGUUUUUAAAAAAGACUGGAUGAGUGAGUUUAAGAUUUAAGUUAAAGUAACUUAAGAUACAUUUUGUCUCCAAGCUUAGUUGGGUUGAAGAUUAUUUACCACAGCUAAACUGGCUACCUAGCUGGCAGUCUAACUUUAAAUAAGUCAAGGUAUUGCUAUACUGAGCCUGACCUGACCACAUCUGAAUCUGUAGCCUCCCACUGGCGUGGAGUGUCAGCUACAGCUUGAUGCUGCAAUGAGUAUGCAUACAUUUGUAUGCAUACGUGUUUGCCUGUGGUUCGAUUUUGCCUGUUUGCCUUCUUAUCAAGUACCCAGUGCCCACAUCACUGUAUUAUAUUGGGUGUUGGCUUCAUUAAUACACAUGCAGAAUUUGUUGUGAUGCAGUUUCUUCGUUUUUUCAGGGUGCCUGCGUUAGGGGCCGGGGGUGGGCCCCCAAACAAGAUUUUGCAUAGGGCCCCCAAAUAGCUGCAAAUAGCCUUGGGUCUACACACACACACACACUGCAGCCUGCUUUAGUCAAAACAAACUGACUGCAAGUAAAGCACUACUACUAGGCACAUCAGGAGUUCGCUGUUGAUCAUCUAAAGCACUGGACCUCCGUCAUGGUUCGAGCCAUCAAGCUAACAGAUUUCAAGGUACAACAGGCUUUGGCUAUGGCUAUGCUUGCCAUCAGUUGUUAGUGUUGGCAAAGCCUCCAUUGAACGACCUGUUUACUGUUUAUCGUGGUUUGGAUGACAUAAACAAACUCAUUCAAGGGAUACCAUGCUCCACACCCUUCUUUUCUAAACUACACCCAUACCAAAAUAAGGCCAACAGUUUGUUGAGAAAAAGAUUUGAAAUGGAACAAAAAACAGUAAGAUUCAUAACAAAAAUAAAUGGGUUU